AUGCCCACUUCGAAGACCCCCUCCUCAUCCUCCAAAGGAUUCCGCCGGGCCGUGUCCGAACUCGACUCCAAGCAAGCCGAGGCCGUCAUGUCUCCACGGUUCAUCGGACGUCGCCGAAGCCUGAUCGAAGAUGCGAGGAAGGAGCGAGAGGCGGCAGAAGCUGCGGCGGCUUCGGAGGCCGGAGAUGGGGCAGAGACCAUCGUCUUCGAGGAGAGGGAUGGCAAGGCUGUGGCCAACCUCUUCUUUGCGCUCAAGGGGACCAAGACGGCAUCUUUGUCUCGUGUCAUGAAAGUAUUUGAGACGUUCGAAGCCAAAAUCCAUCACUUGGAGACGAGGGCCAACAGAAAGGCUCGGGAUGGGCCUUCGGGCCUGGAGUUCUUCAUCCGCUGUGAAGUCCACAGCGCUGACCUCAGCACACUGGUCAGUUCCAUCCGGAGGGUCACGGACGACGUCAGGAGCCCGAAAGAAGACAAGUUCCACUGGUUUCCAAGAAAGAUCUCCGAACUGGACCGGUGCCACCACCUCGUCACCAAGUUUGAUCCUGACCUGGAUUUGGACCACCCGGGCUUUUCGGACCAGGCCUACCGGCAGCGGAGGAAGAUGGUAGCCGAGAUCGCCUUCCAGUACAAACACGGCGACCCCAUCCCGCGAGUGGACUACACGGCCGAGGAGAUCGCCACGUGGAGGGAGGUGUACAGGACGCUGAAGAGCUUGUAUCCCACCCACGCCUGCUCGGAGCACCUGGAGGCCUUGGAUCUGCUGGAGAAGUUCAGCGGCUACAGCGAGAACAACAUCCCGCAGCUCGAAGACGUGUCCCGCUUCCUCAAAGACAGAACUGGGUUCCAGCUGCGGCCAGUGGCCGGCCUGCUGUCCGCACGGGACUUCCUGUCCAGCCUGGCCUUCAGAGUUUUCCAAUGCACUCAAUACAUUCGCCAUUCCUCCUCGCCCAUGCACUCCCCGGAACCAGAUUGCUGCCACGAACUUCUGGGUCAUGUACCUAUGCUGGCCGACAGGACAUUCGCUCAGUUCUCCCAGGACAUUGGACUCGCUUCCCUUGGGGCCACGGAUGAAGAGAUAGAGAAAUUGUCCACGCUCUAUUGGUUCACGGUGGAAUUUGGGCUCUGCAAACAGAAUGGCGUCAUCAAGGCCUACGGGGCUGGGCUUCUGUCAUCCUACGGAGAGCUUCUGCAUGCUCUGUCCGACGAGCCGGAGAUCAGGGAAUUCGACCCCGAGACCGUGUCCGUCCAGCCAUACCAGGACCAGACGUACCAGCCCGUGUACUUCGUGUCUGAGAGCUUCAGCGACGCCAAAGACAAGCUCAGGAACUACGCAUCCGGGAUCCGACGGCCAUUCUCCGUGAAAUAUGACCCCCACACACAGGCCGUGGAAGUGCUUGACAGCCCGCAGAAGAUUCGCCGCUUCCUGGAUGGCCUCCGAGAGGAGCUGCACAGCCUGGCCCAGGCCCUCAACGCCUUCAGCUAG